GAUUCUCGCGUUUUCUCGAAAAUCAUGGCGGAAGACAACAAAUGUAACAGCGGUAAUUUUCUACUUUCUUACUUUUAACGAAUGUCUUUUCUCUGUUGUGCAACUGAUAACAAAAACAUUUAUUGCCAACAAAGAUAACUGAAUAGUUGAUCUUAAAAUGAGCUAGAUGUCUGCAUGCUUUUUAGGUAUUUCCAAAGCAAGAACCUCAACAGACAGUCCUGGUCAAGCUCUAACCAGUUUUAGCUAGUUCUCUUUUUUAAACAGUAUGUUUAUCGAAAUGUUUUUCUAAAAACGUGACUGCUUUCUGCGUAUCGGUUAAUUCAUUCAUCAUAUUAUCCAUUUAUCGCUCGAAUUAUAUCAUUGCUUACUUUUCAGAUUUGUCGAAUAACCAAUUUGUAUUCGGACAAAAUAUGGAUGGACGAGUUGUAAAAGUUAGUAAACAAAUUUUUUAAACAUUUCAUUUAUAAUCAGCUUGAGGAUAUAUGAUUUGUUCGAAACAUUUCAUUUUUUAAAUCUCUGGAGAUUAGACGAUUACGGUCAAUCAACCAUAGGUUAUGGAUAUCAGUUUGCAUUGAUGUACAACUAGCAACCUCUAUUUUUAUAAAAAUUAUAUUGAUUGAAGUAGCUCUUAAGAGUUUACAAUAUUUGUACCAUAUCUAAUUUCAAUAACAAACAAGUAAAGAAUUUAGAAGAGUAUACAAGAAGAUGUCUUGUUUUAUCUCAAGAUUACUAAGUUAUUCUUAUUUUUGUAGAAUAACCAUUACCCCAUGUAGAAGUACAGGCAAAGAAAUAAAUUAUUUAUUUCAAUUAGUUAAAAGAUAGCCAUUUAACUUUCAUUAAAAUAUUUAUCUGCAUAAUUAAGUUUUUCGAAAUGCGUAUCUAAACAACAGGCCGGUGAACAUCACAACUCUAAAGUAAAAUUAUGUUGCCAAAAAAGCAACAGUAUUCUAUAAGAAUGUGUAAGAAACUUUCUUACUUUUUUUAAAGCAAGCCGAAAAAGAGAAAUCAGAUUCUCCCAAAGCUCAAAGUAUUAUUCGUCCCGGAACAACUUUUAACCAAAAACCUUUUCCUAACACUCACGGUAACUAUAUUAUGAAUUGUUCUAUUUUUCAUUUAUUCGAAAGCAGGUUUAACUUAAUAUAUAUUUAUAAUUUCAGUGACUUCUUUAACACCAAGUAAAAUGACGUCAAAUCCAUUUUCUGGAAGUGCAUCGACGUCCAACGAUAAUUCCGAUGGUAUCCUUCAGAAUAACCCGUUCGCUGAAAGAAUAAAUACGCAUUCUAUUUCAAGUGCGGGGAAUUCCGAUUCUGAAGAUGAUCGAAAUAAACCAAUUGUUGCCCCCGCUCAUUUUCAAGUUGCGACAGCAGUCAAUUCAAGAGGCUCAAGUUCAUCCAGCUUUAAAUUAAGACCGUCUGCCCUAAGCAAACAUACUGAAGGCAUAGGAAAAGGAAUAUGCGUAAAAACUUUAGGUGAUAAAACAAAAACAAACGAUAAUAAAGAAAACGCUUCAAACUCAAAGUCCGCAAAUGGAACGGUGGAUAGUGAUAAACAAAAUGGAAACUCUCCCGAUGAAACAUCUUCAUCAAAUAACGCAUCAUCAUCCUGCAACUUUGUAUUCGGUCAAAACUUAGAAGAUCGAGUUAUGAAUACCCCUGUAAAAUCGGAUAAACAAAAUGGUAAUGGUUCAAAAUCUCCAACCGAUUUAAGUUUCAACACCGCACCCGAAUUAGCAACAGAGGAGUCAACAGAAGAUGAAAGUAAAACAUUAUUAGAAUCUGCAGCUGAGUAUGCAGCUAAACAGUCUAUUCCUGAGUUACAAGAAGUGGAAACAAUAACAGGGGAAGAGAAUGAAUCGAAUGUUUUACAAAUAAACGCCAAGUUAUAUGUUUUUGAGAAAUCCUCUGGAACGUGGUUAGAGAGAGGAAGGGGUGUCCUCCGAUUAAAUGAUAUUGCAGCAGCCUCCGGUACAGAUAACAAUUCAGCUGUACUACAUUCUAGACUCGUUAUGAGAACUCAAGGCUCUCUUCGACUGGUCUUAAACUCUAAAAUUUGGUCAUCUAUGACAGUUGAAAGAGCCAAUACCAAAUCAGUUAGAAUUACUGCCGCUGACGGCGAUGAUGGAGUGAAAGUGUGUUUGAUAGUUACUAGUGUUAAGGAUGCAGACCAGAUUUUUAGUGCUAUUGAUUGGAGGGUGCAACAACUACGUUCACAGGAGCAAAGGGAAGCCUCAACUUCAGCAACAACUGGCACCUCAUCAGAAAAUUUUGCUGCGAAAAGGACAAGACCAUUCGAAGACGAAUGGCAAACAGAAAAUACGUCCAAUACUACAGGCAAAAAGUUCAAAACGGAAAGCUACUCCAGAACUGAGGAAUCGAACGACAGUAGCACUGUUGACCCUGAAACUGAAGCAUCCAAUAGCAGUGUAAGUUCGUCACCUCCAAUCAAAUCAUCAUCAUCGGAAUGAAAAACCGACUUGCCCAAAAAUAAAAACGAUAGAGAAGCACUUUUUCCCUUUCUUUUAUAAAUCUCAUGACUAGCUGUAUCUAAAUUAUGAACACUUCGUUUUACAAGUGUGGCUAAUAUUUGUAAAGAAAGAAAAAAGUUGUUAAUCGUUAUUAAUAUGUAAAAUAUAUAUGCUUAGAGCAACUAUUUUCCUCCGCCUUGUAUAAAUUGUUCAUAUUUAGCGAUUUUCACAAGUUGGUUUCGUUAUUUAUUUUUAAUGUAAAAUAAACUCAUGUUUUUGAUUACGGUUUUUUAACUACUUUCUUUCUCUCUUUUUAGAAAAUGUUAAAAAUAUAACUUUUUGAUGAUUUCCCUUCUUUUUUAACGUUAUAUGCAUAAAACAAGAAUCAAAACAAGAAAAAAUUUGCAAUAUUUCUUAAAGCAUAUCCUAUCUUUCAAAAAAAAAUUUAAUAUCGAUUUCCAAUUACGGUUUUUCCGAAAGAAUACACAAUAGCUUGCGGAGCACACGCAUACUUCCCCCAAGCACCUAAAGGAACAACAAGAGCACUCGAAUUGUCUUCAGAGCCGAAGUGUAGCGCCUGAUCAGUCACCAAUUGAGCAGCUUUAUUCGGAUGCUGACAGGAAGAAACAAUGUCAAUAAUUUCUUGAUCGUUCAAAGCGUAAGAUACUCCAUCUGUUGCUAACACUAGAAAAGCAUCAAAUCCAUGUUUCACUCUUAUAUGCUUAAUAUCAGGAUCUGCAAUAAUACCAUUAAACUUCAAUUCAGGGUCACCGAAACACCUAGACAUUGCUAAACGACCCUGAACUCUUCCUCCACCAACUGACGAUGAUACAAUUCUUCCUCCUUUUGACUCUAUUCUCUCCCUUUCUGCUGGAUUAUCUGGGCUAUGCUCCCGUGUCAACCUUACCACACUUCCUUUUCGAUUUAAUACUGCCAGAGAAUCGCCAAUAUGCGCAACAUACAAAAAUUGAUUAUCUUUCAAAAUACAGACAGUUGCUGUCGUUCCACAGCUGAUAUUUAAUCUGUUCAGAUACCAAGAUAACCGAUUAUCAAAUUCCAAAAAAGCAUGCUUCAAUGCUCUUUUCAUAUCACAUCUAUUCAACCAAAAUCUUAUAUGACCUGGUAGAUUCAUAGCAGCGAACUGGGCUGCAACACUGCCAGAAUGACCAUCAAAUAUAGCAAACAUCAUAACCCUGUUAGACAAUCUACUAAUGCACAUCCGGUCUUCAUUAGUCUUUCGUCUUCCUAAUAGAGUUGCAUGACCUACGUCUGUAAAUUGAAUUCUUGGAAUGGGCCUUCCGCUUUUUAUACUUUGCUCAAGAUGUAAUUCUAAGUUUAGUCUGUUGUUCCAAGAACCUAGCGUAUCAAAAUUUACUCCUGGUUGAAAAUCUCCACGAUUUUCUGGAUCUCCCAAUCGCCUGUUACACAAUCGAUUUGCUUUCAAGCAGAAGCAUCUCUUAUUCACACAAAAUAGUGAUAAUCGUCGAAGACUCAUAAAUAUGUAUUUUUUAUUCGAUAUGCCUAAACAAUUAUUUUAUACUGUUGUCAAUUUAUAAAAAAAAUCUCUCGCUUUGUUUUUUUUUGGAAGAUAAAUUUUGGUAGCAGAAUAGUCUAUUUUUUCCUUAACCAGUUUUCAUUUUUGCGUCAUUUCCGCUAUUUCGACUCAAUUUUAAACACUUGUGCAAUUUAUUAAAUUUAGAAGAGACUAGUUAUUUGAUUUAUCGGAGAUGUCAGAUGAUAUGUUGAUAGUAAAUGGAAGCCUUUUGGAAGGAGUUUGUAUUA